AUGCCAGCCAUUAUUCUUCCUAACCAGGGACUCUAUCUGUGGAUCCAGAGUCAGGAAAGAAUGGCUGCGUCAACGCUUGUACUGUACAAGUUUCAUGGAUACGCCAAGACUGUUGGCAGGAUUGCAUAUGUUCCACAGCAGAGCUGGAUCCUGAACGCCACUCUCUGUGACAACAUCUUGUUUGACUUAGAGUAUGACCAGGAACGGUACGAUCGGAUCAUUGCUGCGAGUGGAUUGGAGCCCGAUCUAGCGAUUCUCCCAGCAGGCGACCAGACAGAAGUCGGUGAGCGCGGUAUCAAUCUCUCGGGAGGUCAGAAGCAGCGAGUCUCUCUUGCUCGAGCCGCCUACAACGACGCUGAUAUCUACCUGCUGGACGACCCUCAGAGUGCCGUGGAUGCGCAUGUGGAUCAACACCUUUGGAGCAAGCUGCCUGGACCGCAGGGUUUGCUCCGCAACAGGACGAAGGUGCUGGUGAUACACGGGAUUAACCAUCUUCAAGAAGUCGAUCAGAUUAUUCUGUUGAAGGGUGGGUGCAUUGCUGAGACGGGACACUUUGAUGACUUAAUGGCUGCCGGACAGACCUUCUGCCAAUUGAUCAGUGAGUAUGCGGUUACUCAUCGAUACCAAGAUGGUUUCGGCACCCCUUCAGGAGCAGAGUCAGAGAGUGAAGAGACGCAAAGUCAAGCAACAGUAGAAGUGGGUACAAGUGGCGACUCGGCAGCAGCAGCUACGACAUCAAAGAAGGGAGUUCCCAUCGGCGCCACGGACACCAACAGGAAUACCAAGAAGGACAAGAAGGCUGGCAUCAUUCAGGCGGAGAAUAUCUUGGGCGGAGGUCUCACCGCAAGCAUCUUUCUUGGCUAUUUGCGUGCCAUACAUAUAACCGUUGAAAAGAUGGAUCUAAGUCCGUACCUGGUGAGGAUCAGGUGGACUUGGGACCCAGAAAGACGAUCUGUCGGCUUGUGGUCGGGUGUUGGGCUGCAACAGCGGAGGUCUUGCGGACUCGUGGACAAGGUGUGCUCUGGAUGGUUGAGGCGCAUCCACGUCUGGAAGGCGAUGGUAUACCCGAGUAUUGCCGUGGACUUCCAGUUCAGUAUGAAGAACAAAAGCUUGACGUUGGUGUAUGUCUUGAUCGGUAUUGCGCCUUUCUGGAUUGCCUUUGGUGUCGCUCGUAUCUGCGCAUCAGACUGCGUGUCGAGCGACUUUGCAUUUAUCGACGACCGCAUUCCCUGGAAGUUAUUCGAAGCCAUAGGUCACGCAGUCAGCCUCGUUGCGUCCCUCACAGUUGUGGUCUUUACAACACCCUUGUUCCUGGUCGCCUCCCCUUUCAUCGCCCUUAUUUACUACUAUGUCCAAAAGUACUACCUCCGAGCCUCCCAGGCAGUGAAACGUAUCUGUCGCGCAACCCAAUCGCCCAUCUACCAGCACUUUCAGGAGACAUUGGCAGGCGUUCCAACUAUCCGCGCUAUGGACCUCCAGGAUUCUUUCAUCACCGCAAGCGCCAAACGAAGUGACCUGUACUCAAACUCGUUUAUCGCGAUGGCGUAUCGUAUUCGCUGGAUGGAGUUACUAGUCCAGAUGGUCAAUGCUGUCAUCACGCUGUUGGCUUGUCUCUGGUUCGUUACCGCAGGGGAUGGUAUGGAUCUGGUCUUAAAGAGUAUUUCGUUCACGGUCGAAGGUGGUCAGAAGAUUGGCAUUGUUGGACGGACGGGUGCCGACGAGUCGAGUUUGACAUUGGCGCUUUUCAGAAUGAUCGAGGCUGAUAACAGUGAGUGGGCAAAAGCGACCAGCAACAAUAGCAACCAGGAAUCUGAGGACCAUGGCAACGAGGAAGACCAAAUGGACGGCGGCAAGAUCGUGAUCGACAAUAUUGACAUUUCCAACUUCGGACUAACCGACUUGCGCAAGAAUCAGUCGAUCAUUCCACAAGAUCCUGUCCUUUUUGCUGGAGCUGUGCGCGAGAACCUUGACCCAUUCGAGGAGCUGGAGGAUGUGGUGCUUUGGGAAGCAUUGGAGCGAUCGUACCUCCAGGAUGUAAUCGCUGCAUUGCCAGGUGGGCUGCUGUUCCAGGUGGCUCAGAACGGCGAGAACUUUUCAGUCGGCCAGCGAUCCUUGAUAUGCCUUGCAAGAGCGCUACUGAGAAAGAUCAAGAUCCUAAUGUUGGACGAGGCGACGUCAGCGGUGGAUAUUGAGACGGACGAGUUGAUACAAAAGACGAUCCGGACCACGUUCAAGGAAUGA